AGCUUGAUGCGGUGUGGCGUUGAACUAUAAAAGUGCAUGAAAGAAGUGACUCAGGUGAAGCUUUUUUGCCGUACGAAACACAUACACGACUACGGACUUCCGUUCCGGCACCGACUACCUCCGCGGCCACAGUCUGGAAGUACUGGUUCAGUGGCAAUCUAGGACAGCCGAGUGGACAACAUUAUAUGAUGAGAGGUCGACGAAUACCAAUCGCAUUACCGAACACUGGCGCACUGUCCCGUAGAAGACACACGCUGUACAUUCGUUCUGCCAUAAUUGUAUUCAUCCUGUUCGCGUUCCUGCAGUUUCAUGUGAUAAACUAUAACUCCUCCGAUAGUGGAUCCAGCGACAGUACCAACUAUUCCACGGCAGCGAUCCUGCAGAUGGUGCCGCCGGUAUUUCAUAAAUAUUUGACCGGAAAGCCUCGCAACUCCACGCAUGGUCAAAAUGGAACACACUAUGGAGGAGAGGGGACCCGGACGGCCAACAUUAGCGACAUUCUGCGCAUGAUACACCGCUAUAAUGACCAGCAGACUGUUCUCAAUGAGGACAUCUACGGUCCAUUACAAAAUGAUUCUGUGAUAAUAGUAGUGCAGGUACACAAAAGAAUAACAUACUUACGGCACUUAAUUGUAAGCUUGGCCCAAGCGAGAGACAUUUCGCGCACUUUGCUUGUCUUCUCACACGACCACUACGACGAUGAUAUCAACGAUCUGGUACAGAGUAUAGACUUUUGUAAAGUAAUGCAGAUUUUCUAUCCUUUCUCGAUACAAACGCACCCGAACGAGUUCCCCGGUGCCGACCCCGGCGAUUGCCCGAGGGAUAUUAAAAAAGAACAGGCACUGUUGCGGAAGUGCAACAAUGCACUCCAUCCCGACCUGUACGGACACUAUCGGGAGGCAAAGUUCACACAAACCAAACACCACUGGUGGUGGAAGGCAAACCGUGUGUUUGACCAGCUGGAAGUUACCAAGUACCAUACGGGUAUGGUGGUGUUUCUAGAGGAGGAUCACUACGUAGCCGAGGACUUUCUGUACAUCCUCGAGCUUAUGUUCCGGAAAUCUCAGGACUUAUGUCCGAAGUGCAACAUCCUAUCUCUAGGCACAUAUCUGAAAACUUUCAACUACUACACGUACAACAAAAAGCAUCAGCAGCAACAGAAGCUACUCCAACAGCAACGCCAAUUGCAGCAACAGCAGCAGUUAAUGCUUCAGAAACAGCGCCAACAGCAGCAGCAGCAACAGCCACAGCCAGAACAACAGUCCCAACAGCAGUCCCUUCAGACGCAGGUCACCACGGAAAAAUAUGCGUCACAGUCGCAGUGGGGCUACCAGGUGCUACCAACCCUGUACUCAAUCUAUCAGAAGGUUGAGGUGACACCGUGGAUAAGCAGCAAACACAACAUGGGCAUGGCGUUUAACCGUACUACCUGGUACGAUAUAGUACGAUGUGCACGCCAUUUUUGCGAGUACGACGACUACAACUGGGACUGGUCAUUGCAGCAUGUUUCGCAGCAAUGUCUGAAACAGAAGCUGCACGUAAUGGUGGUAAAAGGACCGCGAGUUUUCCACAUCGGCGAAUGUGGUGUACAUCACAAAAAGAGUAACUGUGAGUCGAACCAGGUGAUAUCAAAGGUACAGCAGGUCCUGAAGGUAGCUCGUGGCUCCCAACAACUGUUUCCCCGUUCAAUAUCGCUCACCCAGACGAGUGUCAUUAAGAAAACGAAGCUGCGCAAGGGUAAUGGAGGAUGGGGCGAUCAGCGAGAUCAUCAGCUGUGCUUCAACAUGACGCUCGUUGGGCGGUAAUGUUGCGGAACGCCACAAAACGGUUCCCUUCCCUUACUUUACAAAUAACACGCACAUUCCUUGCUGUCCGUGGGGUAUUACUAGAGAAAAAAAAACAGAUCGUAACACUACAACGACCGUCUAAAGAAUCGAAUCGUUCGCAAGGGAGUCUAGCUCUUACGUUGUAUGUAAGUAGA